AUGUCGGAUUAUAGGCAUAACAUUACGGUACCUUUGGGUUUGGCAGCAAAAUAUUGGAAGGCUGUAGAGUAUGGGACGCUGAUCGUUCUGUUUUUGCUGAAAACUACCAAUCCUAUUUUCAAAAUUGCAUUGGCACUACAUGUUGGAUUGCAGACAAUGUUGAUUCUUUCCUUUUCCCCGUUAGUCUACUACAGAUCCAGCAUAGGGGAUGAUGAGUCGUCCUCCAAGGGUUUGAUUCAGAAAUUCACGGGCUUUGUGCCUGGCUUGAUCAAGAAGUUAUCGGGCUUGGUGCUGCAGGUAACCCUGAAGUCAUUGCGGGCAAUGAGCAUUUGCGACUUCAAGGUCGACAUCAAUCGUUUAGCAUCUGUUGUUACAUAUUUUUUGAUAAUUUUUAGAAAAUUGCUUGCUUUGAUGGUAUUCACUUACGUGACUUCUGAGGAUGAUGAAUCAACACACAAGAAAGCAUUUGCACUGUUCACCAUAUUCAUGGCCAUGGAGAUGAAGUACAUACUUGAUCUGAGCUGUAUCAAAAAUGGUGGGGGCACACCAAAACCUCUCAACGGCUCUAAAAACUUGGUGUAUAAAACAAUCAAACUAUUAUAUACGCUUGAACCACCAAAGAUAUCCGGCUCGAGCAAAAAUGAACUACUUGCAUCUCUUCAUUUGGUCAGGAGCCGUUUAUACCACGCAGGAGUGGGUUUGGCUUAUAUUUUGAUGUAUUAUACAUUCAAGCAUGCUACAGAAUUAAUAGAUGAUGAUUUUAUUUGGAUGUCAAUUAUGAAAUCACUGAUAGCUAUAGAUGCUUUGUUUAUCAUGUCAUUCGUUUUCGAGCUAUCGGGACUAAAUUUACAUUUCAGUAACAAGGAAGAUACGUACGUUUAG